AUGAGCAAUGGCACUUUGGCAGAUUUCUAUUUGGCGCUUCAAGGCCCAGCUGGUACGAGAAGAAUAGAAAUUGCCUGCGAUGUUGCACGAGGCCUCUCUUACUUGCACGAUGAUUGCACCAGGCAUAUAAUCCACUGUGACAUCAAGCCGCAAAAUAUUCUUCUUGAUGGCUUUCUUACAGCAAAAAUAUCAGACUUUGGGUUAGCUAAGCUCUUGAUGGCAAACCAAACACGAACCACCACUGGAGUAAGAGGAACCAGAGGUUAUUUAGCGCCAGAAUGGUUCCGGAAUAUGCCUAUUUCAAGCAAGGUAGACGUUUACAGCUUCGGCAUUUUGUUGGUAGAGCUCAUCUGCUGCAGAAAGAACUACAAGCCGGAAUCAAAAAUUGAAGCUCAAAUUGUGCUGGUUGACUGGGCAUAUGAUUGUUACCAUGAUGGGAGCGUACUUACGCUAGUGGAGAGCGAUGAGGAGGCAUCGAGUGACAUAAAGAGGGUGGGAAGAUUUGUAAUGACAGCAUUGUGGUGCAUCCAGGAAGACCCGUCUUUGAGGCCAACCAUGAAGAAAAUCACUCGGAUGUUGGAAGGAGUUGUUGAAGUCCCAGUACCUCAGUUUCAAGCUCUCUUAUCAGUUCGAUCAUGGUACCACCAGGCUCAGGAUGGUCAAAGAGAGGGCCCCAUAUCGAAGUCUGAGAUAUCUCUGUAUGUUCUAGAGGUGGCUUAUGGGAAGGGUACUAUAGAUCCCUCUGGAGGUUCGGUCAUAGACGCGGUAGACCCGAAUCUUGAAGAACCAGAGUCCCCGGUGCAUUCUGCUGAAGGCUCCAAUUGGAGUGUGAAGGGAGAUGACGAGGAGGAUGAGGACCCGUAG